AUGUCGAUGCUGCCGUCGUUUGGCUUCACGCAGGAGCAGGUCGCCUGCGUCUGCGAGGUGCUGCAGCAAGGGGGGAACCUGGAGAGGUUGGGCCGGUUCCUCUGGUCGCUGCCGGCCUGCGACCACCUGCACAAGAACGAGAGCGUCCUGAAGGCCAAGGCGGUGGUGGCCUUCCACCGCGGCAACUUCCGCGAGCUCUACAAGAUCCUGGAGAGCCACCAGUUCUCCCCCCACAACCACCCCAAGCUGCAGCAGCUCUGGCUGAAGGCUCACUACGUGGAAGCCGAGAAACUGCGGGGCAGACCCUUGGGCGCCGUCGGCAAAUACCGCGUCCGCCGAAAAUUCCCCUUGCCCCGCACCAUCUGGGACGGCGAGGAAACCAGUUACUGCUUCAAGGAGAAAUCCCGGGGCGUGCUGCGGGAAUGGUACGCCCACAACCCCUACCCGUCCCCCCGGGAGAAGCGGGAGUUGGCGGAAGCCACCGGGCUCACCACCACCCAGGUCAGCAACUGGUUCAAGAACCGGAGGCAGCGGGACCGAGCGGCGGAGGCGAAGGAAAGGGAGAAUACGGAAAACAACAACGCGGCCACCAACAAACCGAACCAACUCUCGCCUCUGGAUGGGAGCAAACCCCUCAUGUCCAGCUCCGAGGAAGAAUUUUCUCCUCCCCAAAGCCCGGAUCAGAACUCGGUCCUGCUCUUGCAGGGGAACCUCAGCCACGCCAGGAGCUCCGGCUACUCCCUGAGCGGCUUAGCCGCAUCCCAGACCCCUCACAGCCUCCAAGGCCAUCAGCUCCAGGACUCGCUGCUGGGACCCCUCACGUCCAGCCUGGUGGAUCUGGGAUCCUAA